CCUCCACCCUCCCCCUCCAUGGCGCCGCCCGGGCUCAUUCAUUCCGCGCCAGGCCUUGCCGACACCUGCGCUCUCCUUCAGCCGUUAGCCGACGCCGCCAGCAUGUCGGGCCCCGCCGCGGAGACCCCGUCCGCCAUCCAGAUCUGCCGGAUCAUGCGGCCAGAUGAUGCCAACGUGGCUGGCAAUGUCCACGGUGGAACCAUCCUGAAGAUGAUCGAGGAGGCAGGGGCCAUCAUCAGCACCCGGCACUGUAACAGCCAGAAUGGGGAGCGCUGCGUGGCCGCCCUGGCCCGGGUCGAGCGCACCGACUUCCUGUCGCCCAUGUGCAUCGGCGAGGUGGCCCACGUCAGCGCGGAGAUCACCUACACCUCCAAGCACUCCGUGGAAGUCCAGGUCAACGUGAUGUCUGAAAACAUCCUCACAGGUACUAAAAAGCUGACAAACAAGGCCACCCUGUGGUAUGUGCCCCUGUCACUGAAGAACGUGGACAAGGUCCUGGAGGUCCCUCCAGUCGUGUAUUCCCGCCAGGAGCAGGAGGAGGAGGGCCGGAAGCGGUACGAGGCCCAGAAGCUGGAGCGCAUGGAGACCAAGUGGAGGAACGGAGACAUCGUGCAGCCCGUCCCGAACCCAGAGCCGAACACGGUCAGCUACAGCCAGUCGAGCUUGAUCCACCUGGUGGGGCCUUCCGACUGCACCCUGCACGGCUUCGUGCACGGAGGCGUCACCAUGAAGCUCAUGGACGAGGUGGCUGGGAUCGUGGCGGCCCGUCACUGCAAGACCAACAUCGUCACCGCUUCCGUGGACGCCAUUAACUUCCACGACAAGAUCAGAAAAGGGUGCGUCAUCACCAUCUCUGGGCGCAUGACCUUCACGAGCAACAAGUCCAUGGAGAUCGAGGUGCUGGUGGACGCCGACCCCGUGGUGGACAACUCGCAGAAGCGCUACCGGGCCGCCAGCGCCUUCUUCACCUAUGUGUCCCUGAGCCAGGAGGGCAAGUCGCUGCCAGUGCCACAGCUCGUGCCCGAGACCGAGGACGAGAAGAAGCGCUUUGAGGAAGGCAAAGGGCGGUACCUGCAGAUGAAGGCAAAACGGCAGGGCCCUGCGGAGCCCCAGCCCUAGGCACCCCUGCCCCCAACCUGGCCCGCGCCCGGCCUUCGGGGGCCCCAGUGUCUAGUCACUUAGAAUUUACCCCCUUGGCCAAAAACCCAGUCCACAUGGAGAGCUGUUGUUGUGUGCAGUGUUGUCUUGCAGUGUUAACCCGUGCUCUCUCCUGAAAACCUACACACCAAAGCUUUAUUUAUACCCCCUGGGGCCGCCCUCCGCUGGCGGCGCUCCCCAGGGGCUGCUUGCGUGCACACUGCACGACGUGUACAGAGUCCAGCGUCACCAAUAAAACUGCUGUUUGGCUGGACCUUG